CUUUUUACUCGUGGUGGAGAAGAAGACGACGGUCUACCAUGUUGAUCCCUAAGAAGAAUUUGAUCUUAGUUUACGAACGUUUGUUCAAUGAUGGCGUCAUGGUCGCUAAAAAGGAGUUUAAUGCCCCUAAACAUCCUGAACUUGAAACUGUUCCUAACUUGCAAGUCAUCAAAGCUUGUCAGUCAUUAAAAUCACGCGGCUAUGUAAAAGAACAAUUCGCUUGGAGACACUACUACUGGUCUUUAACCAACGAAGGGAUUGACUUUUUGCGCAAUUACUUGCAUUUGCCAGCUGAAAUUGUACCUACUACAUUGAAACGCCAGGCUAAACCUGAGCCACCUCGUCCUUCCAAAGGAUUCUAUAGAGGUGACGAUCGUCCUCGCCGUGAUGACAGAGAUAGAUCAGAUAGAGAAGGUUAUAGAAGAGAUGGCGGUAAAAGAGUUGGAGCUGGUAGUAACUUUGAACCUCAAUUCCGCGGUGGUGCUGGCUUUGGUCGCGGUCGUGGAUUCGGUUCUUCCAGUUAGAAAGAAUUAAACAAUGACUAACCGUAACUGUAUUUCUACUAAGAUCGGUUGUGUAUAAUACGCUGUUAAUAAAAGGAACUUGAAAUC